AUGGUAUCUAUUGUCGAAUCUGUAAAUCAUUAUAAUCAACAAAACGAUCAAUCGGCGUAUAAUAGUCAAAAAGAUUUCUUAUUUCUUGAUUCUAAUAACACCUCUUGGGCCGAUGCCCUUCCUCAAAAACAAGGUCUUUAUGAUCCCGAUUAUGAAAAAGAUUCUUGUGGUGUCGGUUUCAUCGUUCACAUCAGAGGCGCUCCCUCUCACAAAAUCCUUAGUGAUGCCAGAGAUGUUCUCUGUAACAUGACUCAUAGGGGUGCCGUAGGUUCUGAUGCUAGAGACGGUGAUGGCGCUGGUGUCAUGACCGGAAUUCCCCACGAGUUUUUCCAUCAGGAAACUACUAGAUUGGGUAUCCAUUUACCUCCUCAAGGUCAAUACGCUGUUGGUAACGUGUUCUUUAAACCUGAACAUGCUGUUACCGAAGAAUGUAAACUGAUUUUUGAGCAAACCGCUAAAAGUUUAAACCUGAAAGUUUUGGGUUGGCGUGAAGUCCCGAAAAAUGAUUCCAUUCUCGGUCCCGCUGCUAAGUCUCGUGAACCCAUCAUCUUACAACCUUUCGUUACUUUGGCGAGUUAUGAUCCUGAUUCUUCUUCAAACAGUUCUUUAAAUGAUAUUGAUAAAUUUGAUGAAGCUUAUUUUUCUCGUCAACUUUAUAUUCUUCGCAAGCAAACUACCCAUAUUAUUACUGUUAAAAAAUGGUAUUACAUUUGUUCCCUUUCUAACAAAAAUAUUAUAUACAAGGGUCAAUUGGCUCCUGUCCAAGUCUACAAUUAUUUUCACGAUUUGAAUAAUGUGGCUUAUAAAACCCAUUUUGCUUUGGUUCAUUCUCGUUUCUCUACAAAUACUUUUCCUUCUUGGGAUCGUGCCCAACCUAUGCGAUGGUGUGCUCAUAAUGGUGAAAUAAAUACUUUGAGAGGAAAUAAAAAUUGGAUGCGUGCUCGUGAAGGAAUCAUGAAAUCUGAUUCUUUUGGUCAAGAUCUCGAUUUAUUAUAUCCAAUUAUAGAGGAAGGUGGUUCCGAUUCGGCUGCUUUUGAUAAUGUACUUGA